GGUGUAUUAAAGCUAUUCUCUUUCUCCAGCUUAACAGAACAUAUAGCUGAUUACCUGAAGAUAACCUAGAAACUACCUGUGAUUCACUCUGAAAGAGGCCAAUGAUGGGGAACAACUCCUCCCUUUUGAUAAGAGAGCCCUUACUGCAGACGAACCUUAAACAGAUUCCUCCUAUGGGUGUUUCAUCUAACAGUAAGGCUGGGAUUCAAUCCCAGGCGUGUCAUAGAGUUUCGCACUGGACAACCGUCAACACACCUUUUCAAGAGACUGAGGAGGUGAAGACACAGAGCAGGUUAUGUCCUUCCAGCUGGACCAGAUAUGGAUCUCGCUGCUUUAUGUUUGUCAGUACACAGAGGACAUGGCUUGAGGCAGAGCCUUCCUAUAGCGAUACUGCGUGCACUCUGGGGCAAACCUUGCGUCCGUACGAAGAGCAUCACUUUGUGCAAGAGUUGGAGAGACGACAUACGAAGGAUUUAACCUAUGCUUGUAUCGUAGGAUUUGACCAUGUUCAGAAACGGGUGUGGCUUUGGAGUGAAGGGUGAAGAUUGGAUUACACUAGCUGGCACACAGGAGAACCCAACAAUUACAACGGCAAGCGGGAGCCUUGUAUGAUGAUGAACUCUGGAGGUACAUUAAACCUACUGUCAUUUGAUCCUAAUCACUCACCUCACCUUAAAAAUCAAUCAAUUUCAAUUGGAUGUGAUGUGAUUUUUUAAUCCUUUUUUCCCCUAUAGGUGAGAAACGCUGGAAUGAUGAAAUAUUUAGAAACAAAUAUUAUUUUGUGUGAUAAUCUGUUAAUAAAUCCUGAGAAACUUCAACGGGAACAAAAAAUGUAGUCCAUAUACCUGAUACUGUAUAGUAAACAUGUUUUCAUUCAGUGUUAUUCAGAAUCUUUGAACAGCAAUGACAGAAAUGUCAUUAUAUUUUCCUUAAUUGUAUUUCCUUAAUUCUGCCUUUAAUGCUAAAUGUUUUUUGAUGUAACUGCUAAGAAAUGCAUGAUAUUCGCUGCUUUCUUUUUUAUACAGACAUUUUGUCAGACACGAUUAAAAGGAUAGU